AUGGCAUCCACCACCAUCGCCGCCGCCGCCGCUGCAUCCUCCUUCAUCGGAACUCGUCUCCCGGAGCUACAUUCCAACUCCGGCCGAGUUUCCGCCCGAUUCGGAUUCGGAAAGAAGAAAGCCGCCCCCAAAAAAGCACCCAAAACCGUUACAUCCGAUCGCCCGUUAUGGUAUCCCGGCGCAAAAGCACCGGAGUAUCUAGAUGGAAGUCUGGUCGGAGACUACGGAUUCGAUCCAUUCGGUUUAGGUAAACCGGCGGAAUAUUUGCAGUUCGAUUUGGAUUCUUUGGACCAGAAUUUGGCGAAGAAUUUGGCGGGAGACGUGAUCGGAACCCGGUUCGAGGCUGCGGAUGUGAAAUCGACGCCUUUCCAACCCUACAGCGAGGUGUUUGGACUUCAGAGGUUUAGGGAGUGCGAGCUGAUCCAUGGGCGGUGGGCGAUGUUGGCUACACUCGGCGCUCUCACCGUCGAGUCCGUCACCGGCGUUACAUGGCAAGAUGCCGGAAAGGUGGAACUGAUUGAUGGAUCAUCGUAUCUUGGCCAACCACUCCCAUUCUCCAUCACCACUUUGAUAUGGAUCGAGGUUUUGAUCAUCGGAUACAUUGAGUUCCAAAGAAAUGCCGAACUCGACUCUGAAAAGAGGUUGUACCCCGGUGGUCCAUUUGAUCCACUGAACUUAGCCAGCGACCCCGAGAAGAGAGCCACCCUGCAAUUGGCCGAGAUCAAGCAUGCCCGUCUUGCCAUGGUGGCUUUCCUCGGGUUCGCUGUCCAAGCAGCAGCCACCGGAAAAGGACCCCUCAACAACUGGGUUACACAUUUGAGCGAUCCACUUCACACCACCAUCCUCGACACCUUCGGCUUCUUUUCUUAAACCCUCGUUUUUGGUCAUCUCCUUGAUAUAUAUCACCUCUCUCUAUUUUUAUCGUUACUUUUAUCUUGUAAAGUUUGUAACAUUUGACAAAACAAGCGAGACAAUAAACUGCUUUUAUUGUCAUGAUCAGGUGUGUAAACAAUUCAAGUGUUUAACGAGUUACUCGAGCAUAGUAAUUCUUGAGUUUGAGUUGA